AUGGACUUCGAGGCCUCCGGGGCAGAAGAAUGGGCCCUGCCCGGCUACGGACGGCCAAGUCCCCAGAAGAACCCGUCUGAGACUGAGGCUUUGCACGUGCAAAACAUUGCAUCGCAGGCUGAGCCCACUCCCAAAGCCGAGCAUGUUCGUCAAGCAUCUGUCACAUCUAAGAACAAGAACACCACUGUCCAUUACCCCGCCCCUGCCCGAGGAACAGCUGGCGCUUACAGAGGACGUGGUGCCUCAAGAGGCAAAAGAGGCUCGUCUUCGCCCCGGACUCAUCUUCCGGGGGAGACUCCGUCAAAGUCGCAAUGGAGAAAUGGCAUCCAGCCUUCAGGAACCAUCAAGCUUUCGCACCCGUUCAGAGAGAUUAGAGACACAUUCUGCACUGUGGCACGGUCAGUCUCGCAUCGACGCCCAUUCGGACAACAGGGACGCCAUGAUGUCUUCGAUGACAUCUGUCGAAAGACCGGAGCUUACAUCAACCCGCCCGCCGGAAAUCAUGAUGUGAUUCAUCUCUGGGGGGCAUCCUAUCAGGUCUCUGAGGCUACCAAGCUCAUUCAGAGCAUUCUUGCUAGAUGUGACACCCUCACCAUGCCCAAGAAACGGGAAUGGACGAAGACCUCUGCCUUUUCUGUUGGAAAGGAGGAUCUUGCAGAUCAACUUGAGCUAGAAGAUGCCUUGAUUCUCGCAUACCGGAAGGCACCUGAGCUGGAGUUUAUGUUCUCUGAGAAGUUACUCUUUCUGUGGCCAAAGGAGGGCCCCUCCAUGCGUGAUGCCCUUGGCACCGACCUGGAAGCUCUUGAUCCUGUUCGUAUCAGGUUCACGUGUCACUUGUUCGUUGACAAUAAGUUGCCUGAUCACAUCUGCGCUCUCGGCUAUGACCAAGCCAAAACCGGCCUGCUUGUCCAGCUCCUGCGUAACAAAUGGGCCGAGAUUUUGGCAAAAAGUCUCGUCAAGUCGAAGAUCUACUUGGUUGAGCCCCUUGAAAGUGGCCAUGGUGAAGUCUCCGCGAGAAAAGAGGCGGGCUUUGUUAGACCACUAUUUCGCAAGAUCCCAAUGAGCAAGGCCGAUUUGGAUAGUUGGCCGGGCCGAGCUGAGCUGAUCCGGUCAAGGAACAAUGCCCAUCUUCUCAAAGUGAUUGACAAAUGCUUGAAGAGUGUAGUUUACGUGCGUGGACACCUUCGCAUGAGAGCCAAUAUCGGCUUGUUCGUGCUCGAUUACUACCGUCAGCCAUCGCAGGGGAAACCGGCGUGGGGCUUUGAGGAGUUCCGUGAGAUGUUGUUCCAUGAGAAUACCAAGGGUCGCCUGAUCCCAGGUCUUAAGAUCAACCAGUCUGUGCUGCUUCCCAGACUGCUUUCCGCCACCAGUCUUCUUGAGCCAUACGACCGUAGCUUGGACUCCCUGAGACAGCCCGAGCCAGCAUUCUCUGUGAACUUCGAAUUCUCCGGUCAGAAGAAUUCUCUGCUACGCUUGGAGGCCGAAUUUGCGAAAUGCCCUGGAGCACGCGAUUAUGCAAUGACGCAAAGCCGCUGGCUAAAACCGCGCAAGAUCGGCCAAGUCAAGGACUCGCGCUCACAUUUGCAGGUUGGAAUAAUCGACUUCGAAAGGUCUGAUUGGCAGCUGGAAAUCGCAUCACUGGAGUUUUAUGAAGCAACUGCAAUCGAGAGAGCUUUACGCGAAUUCUCCCACACGAUUAAGUUCAAGAGCAACGAUGUUAUGGGCGACAUCUCGGCUAAUCCUGUUCGCAAAGUCAUCUUCCAUGCCUCGGCACCAGUCUCCCGCUUCAUCGAGAAAACGGCUAUUCGGUACCGCCUGAAGGGGACCAGAUAUAUUCUGGAGAUAGCACGGUACGACGAAUACACCCGAACCUCCACAACUGACUCGGCUUCCUUGAAUUUUGCAGCACCCUUUGGGAAACCUCGAGUUUCCUGGGGAGCAUCGGUCUUCGACUUCACUUGGGAUAACUUGCUCGGCAAACAUGCCAAUAUGCCCGUGGGACAUGCAGCCAAUUACGACCCGAAUCUUCAGACCUUUUUCCCGGCCGCCAAUGAAUCGGAGGACAAGUCCCAGGGUCUCUGGGAAUUCAUCGACCUGAUCAAACGGGUUGCAGCCCUUCUUAGGUCCGGACCGCUCCGCGCCAUGUCAGCCACCGGAAGCGUUAAGGCUAAGGCUGAUGGUCGUUCGGCAAGCCCAGCCUCCAGCGGCAAUGCUAGGGCUCUAGAUGCAGACCUCGGGACUUUGUUCUAAGUCACCAGAAAGCCUGCCCUUCGGGGUAGUAUGGAGAGCUACGUUCUCUUUUCAGAAUGUUGUUUCAAUGCCAUGGCAAGGGUGUUGAUUAAUGCCUUUUUUGUUCUUUGCUUUGUUUCUG